AUGGCGGCGCGCCGGGAGCGACGGCCGGAACCGGAAGUGGGGGUCUGCGACCCCGCCCCUUCCCCGCGAGAAGCCAGAGCGGCGGCGACACCAGCUCGCGGCCCCGACCACCGCGGGGACACGAAGGACGGCGCCCCGGGACCCCCUUUAAAGCCGCGGCGCCCCGCCCCGCGCCCACGGCCGCAGCCGAUUGGCUCGCUCCUCACGGCCUGUGGGCGGACGGAGACGGGCGCGGUGACGUCAUCAGGGCCCGUAGCCCGGCCCACCGCGGAGGAGCGCGCAGGCGUCGCCACCGGACGGCUCGGCGGAAGCCACAGCCCCCAAGUUUUGGGGGUCCCCGGCGAGCGGCGCGGGGUGGCCCGCGGAGGCGAGCGGCCGCCCUGCACCCCUGAACUCGGGGACCCCGGGGACGACGCCCCCGACACCGUGGUGCUCAGCCUCUUCCCCUGCACCCCGGAACCCGGGCACCCCGAACCCGAGCCAGGCGCCUCCUCCCCCCAGGGCAGCUCGCUGAAGCACUCCACCACCCUCACCAACCGGCAGCGAGGGAACGAGGUCUCGGCACUGCCUGCCACCCUGGACUCCCUGUCCAUCCACCAGCUGGCGGCGCAGGGGGAGCUGAGCCAGCUGAGGGAGCAGCUGCGCAGAGGCGACAAUCUGGUGAACAAGCCUGAUGAUCGAGGCUUCACGCCCCUCAUCUGGGCCGCCGCCUUCGGGGAGAUCGAGACGGUGCGCCUCCUGCUGGAGUGGGGCGCCGACCCCCACGCCCUGGCCAAGGAGCGGGAGAGCGCCCUGUCCCUGGCCAGCACCGGCGGCUACACGGACAUCGUGGGGCUGCUGCUAGAGCGCGACGUGGACAUCAACAUCUACGACUGGAACGGAGGCACCCCUCUGCUGUACGCUGUGCGUGGGAACCACGUUAAAUGUGUGGAGGCCCUGCUGGCCCGUGGAGCGGACCUGACCACAGAGGCUGACUCUGGCUACACCCCCAUGGACCUGGCCGUGGCCCUGGGCUUCCGCAGAGUCCAACAGGCCAUCGAGACCCACAUCCUCCGGCUCUUCCAGACCGGCCUGGGCCCGGAGCCCCACUGACUGCCGCCACACAAAUCGGAACUCAGGGAAGGAAGUGGGACAGGCUACGCAGGGGCUGGGACCCGGGACCACAGCCAGCAGGGGGUGGAGGUGUCCCCACGAGCGACCAAUAAACCUUCUGUGCGGAGGG